AUGAAUUCGCAAGUUUCUUCGAAUGAUUCCAGACGCUCUUCAGAACCGCAAUUACCUCAAUUGCCCCAACAGCUUAACGUGUCCCACAAUAAUGAAGGUUGGAUGGCCGCCUUAUUCAACUUCACUUGGGUCAUCAGUUACUUUCUCGUUGGAACCACAGUGUUUAUCACCAAAUGGUCUACCUAUUUAAUGACUCUAUGCCUACUGCGAGUUCCAAGAUGGGUAUUCAUCAAGACUAAUAAACAGCAUCUAACGAUAUCGUUUCCGACCUUUUUGGUUCUAGCCACUUUGACCGCAUAUGUCAUCUAUUGCAUCAUGAAGGGCAAUGUGUUUGCUCAAUACAAGCGAUUGAUUCCCGAUGAAGCUGAAGAUGAGUUGAACCCAGAGCUGUUAAAGAAAAGUUCAAUACUACGAAACAGUCAAAGUAAAUCAACUAAUAAGUUGAUCGAGGGAAAGGAGAGGACCGGUAACAAGUACAGUGGAUAUGGCGAUCCCGACGAUGACUCCUAUAGGACAUCCCAUUUGGAUCAAUUUUUAAGUGCAAUCAAAAUAUUUGGUUACCUAGAGAAACCGGUAUUCCACGAUUUAACGAAGAACAUGAGAACUCAAAAGAUGGAUGAAGGUGAAAUACUACUGCUAGAUAGUUCUAUUGGAUUUGCCAUAGUCGUUGAGGGUACAUUACAAAUAUAUCAUAAGGUAGAACAGGAAGAUACGUUGGACGGUGACAAAAAUGUAUCAAGCAAGAAUGACGAGGGGUUUGAGACUUUAGAGUGUUUGAAAGAUACAGAGUCACCUAUUGACUAUAGCCAUAUCGAGGAUUUUGAUGAUUUCACAAACGAUGAACAAACGGAUGCGUCUGCCUAUAUCCGCUUAAAGAAUGGGUUUGGUAAGUUUCAACUUCUGAAUACUGUGAAACCAGGUAACCCAGUAUCGUCCUUGGUCAAUAUCCUAAACCUUUUCACGGAACCAUCUCGCAAUAUGGACUGGGAAAAUUUAGCUAGUCGCUCACCGUCAGUCGAUGUCAGUGCUUUCCCAUCUCCAUUCAAUACGUUUUCUGCUAACAUGAAGGAUGAAUUACCAGUAGAGAAUCACAGUAACUUAUCGUCUGUUGCAUCUCCAAGUUCUUUGAAUCAUUGUACUACACCGGAUAAUUUAGAGAUUAGUGAUGAUAAUUUGCCUUCAGUUGCUAUUCCAAAAGUUGUAGCGCGCGCAGCAACUGAUUGCACUAUCGCUAUUAUACCACCUCAGGCGUUUGCAAAUUUGACAGCCAAAUAUCCUCAGUCAGCCUCUCACAUCAUCCAAAUGAUUUUGACUCGAUUGUACAGAGUAACGUUCCAAACUGCUAAUGAUUAUCUGGGACUUACUAAAGAGAUUAUGGAUAUGGAGGUUCUACUGAACAAAACGGUUUCCUAUGAUUUGCCCUUCUACCUGAAGGAAGCGGUCGUAAGGAUGGCCGAUGACGAGCAUUCGAGUGAUGGAUUGGAUAUCAAAAGUUCACUCAACCUCGACAACCGUGAGAGUAGCUCCCUUGCGAAGGAAUCUCGUGCUAAUGUAAGCAAGACCGUGGAGAGGCCAAAAUUGAGAUCUCCAAAUAAUUAUGCAUCAACAGCAUCUUUGCGUGGAUCGAGACAUGUUGUUUUAGGCUCAAGGGAUCAUUUGAAUCCUGGUGAUUUACUUUCGAGUGUACCACUAUCCAGGAAAGAAUCUUCAGGAACGGGAGGCUCGAAAGUGCAAGACAAAUUGGUCACUCCAAUAUCGUCUCCAUUAUCACCUAAGAACUAUCAAAACUCCGCAUCAUUGUACUCCAAAACCUCUAAUCAAGCAUCGCACUAUUCAACCACAUCUUCGAUGCUCUCUCGUGGGGUGAACUCGCUCGCGAACAAGCGUCCCAGUAAUAACGGGAGCUCUACUUCAGGUUUUCAUCCGGCAUUAAGAGAUGAGGAUUUGAAAACAAGAUCAUUUUCUGCCGCUCAAGAAGAGACCGAGGAGUCGUCUCUAAGAAUGGCUUUGGUGGAGGCAAUGUUUACUUAUCUCGGUAUAAGCAGGGAAAACAUGGUAGCCCCACCAACUCCUCCAUCGACAUCUAUUGAUGGUGAGAGCAGUAGCAGAAACCCCAGUUCAACAAAUUUGAGACACAACAGUAUCAUGACGUCCUCGGGCCUUUUUCUCACACCAUAUGCUACACCAUCUUCCACUUCUGCCACUUCUGCCAACCUGAGAAUUUUGCCCAGUGACUAUGCAAUAACGUCACAGAAACAAAAGCCAAAGAAGAGAAAGGUUUACCGCGAAGAAGUAUCUCCCAAUCUUGAUUAUGAGUCAGCCAAAAGCGAGUUCUCCCAGGGUAUUGAAGUGCAAUUUUUCAAGCAAGGCUCAGUACUUGUUGAACAAAACUCUAAAGGGAAAGGACUAUUUUAUGUCAUAUCUGGUAAAAUUGAUGUAACAGUCUACUCAAGAAGGCCUGAAAGGAAGAUUAACUCUAAUCGCCGAGACAAGGCUGAAGACCAUAAAGUUGAGAACCUUUUGUUUACCGUAGGAGCAGGUGGUGUAGCUGGUUACCUAUCAUCCCUCAUUGGGUACAAAUCAUUCGUCAAUUUAAAGGCUAGGACUGAUGUUUGUCUUGGUUUCCUACCCAACAGAGUUCUAGAAAGGUUAUGCAGCAAAUAUUUCAUGAUUUAUCUGCGGAUUGCUGAAACUCUAACAAGCCUCCUUUCGCCCAAAAUGUUGAAGUUCGAUUAUGCAGUAGAGUGGAUCCAAUUGUCUGCCUCAGACACUUUAUUCAAACAAGGUGAUCCCGCUAACGGUAUUUAUCUUGUAUUGAACGGUAGGUUGAGACAGUUGCAAAGGAAAGAAGAGGAAAAAUCGGCAGAUGACGAAGCAAACCUCUAUGAGAGAGAUGACACUGAUGGUGGCGACACUGAUCGACUAGAAACCACCGGUGAACUGGCUCAAGGCGAAAGCUUUGGUGAGGUGGAGGUUUUAACUGCGAUGGAUCGUGUAGGAACUAUUGUUGCUGUUAGAGAUUCGGAAUUGGCGCGUAUACCAAGAAGUUUGUUUGAGCUCUUGGCAUUGGAGCACCCUUCUAUUAUGAUUCGUGUAUCCCGAUUGGUUGCAAGAAAGAUAUUGAGUAAUGGCAACGGGCAAUCCGGAUCUUCGAAAAAUGAUAAGGGCCCAAAUUUCGACUUCAGUGAUCCAAUUUCCCAGACUAGACCAACGAAUGUUAAUUACAACCAUAAUUCUCCACAGCAUCAUACCACCCCUGGAACGAUAACCUACAGAACGCUAACGAUUCUUCCCAUAACUUCUGGAUUACCUGUUGAAGAAGUCGCUAUGAAGCUAGUCCAUGCGUUCAAGCAGGUAGGGCGUUCUACCAUUGGGCUAAAUCAGAGAACAGCACUAACCCACCUUGGUCGGCAUGCAUUCGAUAGACUGGCGAAGUUAAAGAAAAGUGGUUAUUUUGCUGAGUUGGAAGAGAUGUACGAAACGGUGGUGUAUAUUGCGGAUACGCCUGUGAACUCAAGUUGGACUAAAACGUGUAUUGCUCAGGCAGAUUGUGUGCUAUUGUUGGCGAAUGCUGCUGCUUCACCAGAGAUUGGAGAAUAUGAAAAGCUUUUGCUGAAUUCAAGAACUACAGCAAGAACUGAGCUCAUCAUGCUACAUUCAGAUAGAUUUGUUGACCCAGGAUCGACACACAAGUGGUUGAGAUAUCGUAAUUGGGUGGAUUCACACCACCAUAUACAAUUCGCUGUGGAUCCUCUAGGGGUUGAAGGCGACACCAAACAUGCUGGCCUGAAUAGUGGCGCCUUUGGCUUGAUGGAUAAGUUAAUUCAAGGUGAGUUUAGUAAGAAGACGCAACAAAAUAUUUCGAAGCUGGUCCCUGACUCGAUCAAGUCGAGGAUGGAGAAUUUCUCCUCGAAAUUUAGUGAUAGAAAGCGUCACUAUUACUCUCCUGCUCAUAAGAAUGACUUCUUACGGUUGGCAAGAAUCCUGUCGGGACAAGCCAUAGGUUUGGUUCUUGGUGGUGGAGGUGCUAGAGGUAUCAGCCACUUAGGAUUCUUGCAGGCGAUAGAAGAACAAGGAAUUCCGAUUGAUAUGAUCGGAGGGACCUCUAUAGGUUCCUUUAUCGGUGGUUUGUACGCCAAGGAUUAUGAUUUAGUGCCAAUUUACGGUCGUGUCAAGAAAUUCGCUGGCAGAAUUGCGUCAAUCUGGAGAAUGAUGACCGAUUUGACAUGGCCCGUAACUUCCUACACCACUGGUCAUGAAUUCAAUCGAGGUGUUUGGAAGGCUUUUGGAGAUGCAAGAAUUGAGGACUUCUGGCUUCAAUACUACUGUAAUUCGACGAACAUCACGGAGUCGGUGCAAGAAAUACAUUCAUUUGGUUAUGCUUGGAGAUAUAUUAGAGCUUCGAUGUCUCUUGCCGGUCUGUUACCGCCACUAGAAGACAGGGGCUCAAUGCUCUUGGAUGGUGGUUAUCUGGACAAUCUACCAGUCUGGGAGAUGAAGGCUCGUGGUUGCAAUACUAUUUUCGCGGUGGAUGUGGGAUCAGUAGACGACAGAAGUCCUAUGGAUUAUGGAGACUCCUUGAAUGGGUUUUGGAUUGUGUUAAAUAGGUGGAACCCCUUCUCAGCACAUCCAAACAUACCAAACAUGGCUGAAAUUCAAAUGCGUCUGGGUUACGUAGCUUCUGUCAAUGCACUAGAGAGGGCUAAGAGAACUCCCGGUGUGCUGUAUGCGAGACCUCCAAUCGAAGAAUAUGCCACGCUUGAUUUCGGUAAGUUCAGAGAGAUUUACGAAAUAGGUGCCCAAUAUGGCCAUGUCUUCCUCGAUGAAUUACAGAGACAGAACAAGAUGCCCUAUAUCCCAGGAUCGAAGACAAACGCCUUAGAAGAGGACGUCCCAGAGUUCUUAUUGCAUAGGCGUAAUAGCAUCUGA